AUGGCAAUUAGUAAUGUGUGCAAUAAGUUUGAUACUUUGAGGAAACUUUUUCCCGAUGAAUUGGAUGGAUCUGGAGAAUAUGAUUUUAAAGUUGGAAUGUUCAAGAGCUACUGCCCUAAAGAACAAUGCAAUAACGAUAUUGAUAAGAUUAAUGCUGGCUGUUUAUGGUUAUUUUAUGAUUUCUUCGGUAAACCUGGGACUUCAGUUGAUAAUAAUACUUAUAAGGAUGAUCUUGUAUGUAUUAUGAUAUGGUUAAGUUAUAUAUUAAACUUAAAGCCACCUGAUAAAAUCGUUACAUUAAAAGAUUUUUAUUCUAGUCAUAUAGAAAAUAACACGGAGUACACUAAUCGUAAUGUUAAUGACAGAACAUAUGGUACCUAUAAGAACAUCAUAGAUGCAAUAAAGGAAUAUAUGGAUAUUGAUAUUAAUAACAUGUCUAAAUUUUAUGAAUUACUUAAAUUACUAUGUAAGAUGAAUACUGCAUAUAAGAAUGACAAUAUUAGCGAUUUUUCAGAUAACACUAAUAAAUUUGUUAAUAAAUAUAAAAACCUUUUUAAUGGUAUUAAUAAUGACAGCAAUUCAUACGAUAAAGUAUUACUUGUUUUAUCUAAAUAUUAUAAUAACUUUGAAAAUGGCAGAUCUAAUAAAACACAAAUGAAACGUCCUUCAUUACCAACAGAAAAAACACCCCCAAAGGUUAAACUAGAAGGUUCUAUUGCAACUAAAACAACUGAAUCUUCGAGUGAAAUACAUAAAUCAGAUAUCGAAGCAACCCCGAGUUAUGACACUACAUUAUCAGAUUCAUCACUAGUAAAUAAAUUAGUUUUAGUUUUAUCGCCAUUAGUUGCAAUACCAAUUUUUUUAGGGAUUUCUUAUAAGUAUUCGUUAUUUGGAUUUCGGAAACGAUCUCAAAAACAACAUUUAAGAAAAAAGCUAAAAAAAUAA